AUGCAUUUCUCCAACUCUAUGCUGUUGAUGACGGCGCUGACCGCUGGGUCGGCUGUCGCUCGUCUUCACGGCCACGACCGCCGUCACGCCCACCCCAGAGGCGUCAAUGUUGUCGAGCCCAUUGUGCCUGCUCCCGCUCAGGUUGCCGAUGUUGCCGAUGUUGAGAAGCGUGGUGAUAAGGUUUCCGCUGUCAUCGAUGGCAAGCUCGUCUCUUGGAUCAACAACUGGUUCGGCGGCUCUGAUUCUUCUUCCUCCGAGGUUGCCGAGUCUACCGCUGCUCCCACUUCCGCUCCCACUCCCACCGUCGAGGCCACCACCGCCGCUGAGGCCAUCUCAUCCGUCAGCGCCACCCCCGUUCCCACUAGCUCCUCCAGCUCCAGCUCUUCUGGUUCCAGUAACUGGGCCAACUACCCCUCCGACGGCAAGUACUCCACCACUGGAUUCGGUUCUUCCACUGCCAACAAGCGCGUUGGUGCCCUCGACUGGGACUACAUCGGUAAUGUCGGCAGCCCCUGGGGUAGCAACAUGAUCCGUGUCGAAGAGGACGCCGCCAGCGAGUACAAGCACGUUAUCCGCUUCGAGAACGACAACUCCAAGGCCUGGACCGUCGUCAUGUGGAACUCGUACGGCCCCAGCGGUGGUCUGAACGGUUUCUGGAGCCCCAACAAGGCUCUGAGCUUCACCGUUGAGCCCGGCCACAGCAUCUUCGUUGCCAUCGAUGACGACUCCCAGGGUGGUUGGGGUGCCUCCGAGGGUGAAGGUCUUCCUACCAACUUCGUCGGUGAGUACGCGUCCACCUGGGGUGAGUUCGACAUGAGCAACUCCCAGAACGACGGCUUCUCCGGCUGGGACGUUUCCUGCAUCAUCGCACAGCUCGCCGACAUGCACAUUGCCGGUAUGCAGAUCUGCAACCAUGAGGGUGAGAAGUGCUCCUCCAUCUCUCAGGGCGCCACCAGCGUUGUCAGCGCCUACACCUCCGCCGACCAGGGUAAGCCCGACAAGGCUAUUGCCCAGUCCGCCGGCCCAGUCCGUCUCGUUGUCAACCUUGGCUGGUCCUCUUAA